GACCAAAUGCUUUUUUUUACAUUUUGUUUUACUUUCGCUGAUUGCUGUGUUCUGAGACCAUUUUUUUACAUUUUAUUGUAUAAGAAUUAGAUUUAUCGUAUACGCUAUGCCAAAAGCAUCUCAAGCGGAAGUGAACAACUUCAAGGACAAGCUGCCGAUUCUGCUGCCGCCGGAGAAGACGGAGGAGGCUAAGGAGACGCGGCGGAAGUUGUUCAGCGGCUGGGACCCCAACGGCAACCGCAAACUCAGUCUGGCCGAGGUAGACUUGGGACUGAGGCAGAUGCAACUGCACAAGGUCUUCCGUAAACCAGUCAUCAUCAGGGCGUUUAAUGCGGCUAAGGGAGUGAGUAAGACGAAAGGGAGCAGUGACGACUACAUAGACAGGAAUGAGUUCAGACUCCUCUGCUCUUAUCUCCUCAGAUACUUCGAACUCUACAACAUGUUCGACGAAAUCGACGAGAGCGACGACGACCGCAUCAACUACGAGGAGUUCGAGGGCGCUCUGGGUCUGUUGAAGCAGUGGGGUAUGGACAUCAAGAACCCUAGGAAGGUGUUCGAUGAGAUAGACGCCAACGGGGGAGGAUUCAUCCUGUUCGACGAGUUCUCAGACUGGGCACUCAAGAAGAAACUCUCGAUGGAGAAGUGACAACACAUGUUGAUUGAGGCUAUGGAUAUUUCAUACAAUGGAACAAUAUAAACACUAAUGAACUCCAGUGUAGAAGCAAACGAACUAAGAAACUUAACUUUUGAGCUCAAAGAAUAGGAAUAGAUAAUUUGUACAAAUUUUUUCUAAAAAAGGACGCGCCAACAACAAGGCUUAUUAUUUGAAACAAAUAGAAUGGAGAAAAUGACUCUUAACGUGUAAUUUUGAUAAGAGUUCUAUUUCUGUUUCAGUGUUCAUGGUUUUUUCGAUCAUUUAAACUGCUCAAAGGAAGUAGAACGAACUCUCUGAUGAGUUAUUUCAACUUCUUGGUUUCCUCCGUAAACGGGUUCUUAAUGCGAUAAAUCUUCAAUAGUUUGACCGUUUGUAUAAAUAAAAAAAUAGCGCACUUUUCACAGUAUGCCAUCUUGAGGUUGUAAUUAGAUUGAUUUGUAAUUAGAUUCAACUUUGGGCGAUUUGUUUUUAGGGAAAAACAUCAAAAAUUGACUAAAAUCAAAAAAACUGAAGUGCAAUUUUUAUAGAUCUACUUAACAAUUGUCCUCCCUUUGGUAUCUACUACAGAAUUGCCACCCCUAUAAACAAAAGCAGUAACUUAGCACUAGAGGGUUGCAUUUAAAAUUUGAAUUUUGCUGCAAUCUGAUUGGUCGAAAGUUCGACAACUUAAUCUACUUAACAAUGAAAGGGGGCAAUUGUUAAGUAGAUCCGUUUAUUAAAGCGAGGUGAAUUAUCUAGCUUUCAAAGUCAACCCAAUUUAAUUUGAAGUUCUAAUUGAUCAAAUUAAUUUCAUACACGACUAAAGUUCAUAUCACUAGACGAAAUUUAUGAUUGCUACCUAAAAAAAACAAUCGAUGCUCAUAUGUUAUUGUUCAUUAAAAUUUCGUUGCCAAAAAUAUUCAAAGCUAGAAAAGGGCGAACGGAAAUUUCAAGGCUUGGUGGUGAUCUGAGCAGUUUUCUAAUUAAGAUUGUUAUUGUUAUGAUGUAUACUCAUUUGUUUUUUAGUAAUCAUAAUUAUUAUGUUUAUUUCAGAAUUAUGUGUAAACUGUUUUGAAUAAUUCAGUUUGAAACUUUUUAAA